GGAGGGCAGGCCAGGGAGGGCUGGCCAGGGAGGAGCAUCAACAAGGGUGAUGGUGGAGGAGGCAGGUGCUGGUGAUGGCUUACGUCAAUGUGGCAGAGUGGAGCCCUGACCAAGUGUCAGAGUGGCUCAAGGGUCUGGACGAAGCCAUCUUGCCAUAUAUCCACUACUUUGUGAACAACCAGGUUGACGGAAAGAGGCUACUUCAACUGAGCCCUGAUGACUUGCCCUCCCUAAGAGUCACUAAAAUUGGCCACCAGGAGAUCGUGCUUCAGGCUGUUGAGCUUCUGCGUAACAUUCACUAUCAACUAAACCAGGAGAACGUCCAGUACUUAGCCCUCCGCCUGAGCUCCAAAGCACGAAGCAUAUACAAUGAACUGCGACAGACAACCUCAUCAUUUGGCAAUGGUGGAGGGAGCGCUGGAGAAGAAGAGGAGGGUGAAGACGAGGAAGAAGGAGCAGACCGAAGAAAUGCGAAGAAGAGACAGGAGAGGGUGUCGACGGCAAUCAUUGCCGGAGUGGCCGAUGUGCUGUCCUCAGUUAAGGGUCUUGUAUCUUGGCUCACCAGGCAGCCAUUUGAGGGCCAAGAGAAAUACGACUGCCUUAAGAGUGACCUGGUGGAGCUGAGCAUUCGACUAGCAACCAUUGCCCAGCGUGACAUGUUUGCUGAGAACCAGGCCACCGUAAUUCUUCAAUUGUGCCUUAGGCUUGCUGUCAUAUCAGACAAAAUCAUUCAGGAAUACAGUGAUCCUCUUAUCAUCCAGCCUGCCACCCUGGACAUUGCUACCAUCAAGAAGAAGGCUGAUGAUGAGUGGGGCGUUGGGUUGCAGUCUUCCUACCACGGUGUUCAUCAAGUGUCUGAAGUGCGAGCAUUGAGUCCAGCCUAUCAGUGUGGCAAACUUCAGGAGGGGGAUGAGCUGGUACAAGUGAACUAUCAGACUGUGAUUGGCUGGAGCCCUCAUAAGGUCACAGCAAUUAUGCAAGAAUUUCCUGUUGAAGUAAUUCUGACUGUAAAGAAACGUCCUCGACAUGCCAACACUGUCGCCCAGAUAUAUUUGAAGCCAAUGCGACUUCCCAGUAAAAAGCGCACAUACUCUCCAUGGGGCAACUUGUUAGUUAGCUCGCCCCGCUAUGAUCUCCAGAGCAUCCCUAACUUGCAGCUGUCAGUGUCAGUAGACAAGGUGCCUGUGAGGCGCGAGGCAAACUUAGAACCACGUCCCAAAUCCACGACUCCUCCACCUAUGCUGACGACACCUUCACCACAACCUCCAUCAACUGUCAGCGAUGCACCGAGCACAACAUCAGACAGAGCAUCUUCUGACUCUGACUCCGAGGAUGACCCAUUCUUGUCUGACAGUGAUCUGGCUGGCACAUCACCUGUCAGUGUUCGUCUUUACCACCCUAAGCCUCGAGCACCUGUGCAGCGCCGUGCCACAAUACCCGGAGCCACUACCAGACCAUCUCUCAGCUUUGACCAGCUGUUGCAGGACGUAAGGUGGAACCGUGGUGGACGAAUUGGAUUUGCUGAUGGCCUAGCACCGUCGGAUCCUGAUUUAUUAAGAGGACCUGGUGGGUCAGACCGUGUUACCCGCCCUCACACUUGCAUAGGAACUGAAAAUAAAGUAAGAAUAGUAAGGGAUGGCAAGGAAGCAAUGUUAAAGGAAGGAACUGAAGCAGAAUGCACAGUGAAGGAAGGGGGACGAGGUGGUGGUAAGGCAAUAGAAGAUGCAGAUGGUAAGAGUGGAGAAAAGAGUUUUGACCAAGAAUGUGUGUUUGGAGAAAACAAACCUGAAAAGAAAGUAGUCAAUAUCAUACCACUGCCACCGAGAAAGCCAACUAACUAUGGCGCAGUAACGGCAGCUCAGAAUGCCUCUCCAUCACUGGCUCAUCGUCCUCUUUUGACAGAAGAGAAUAUGAGCAGUGGAAGAGCUGGAAAUCUUGCAUUGGUUAUACACUCUCACUCACCUUCCUUACAGUCCAGCACAGUUUCACCAGACAAGAAUGCUAGUUCAGGUCACGAGUCUGUGCAGGACAUCUCUGGGAGGCCACGUCGUGUCUCAGAAGAUCGACCUAAGCUAGACAAGAGCCACAGCACACCAGCAUAUGACCUAGAUGGGGACGGUACACUGCCUGGCGUAUCUCCCUCGCUCUCUGGCCCAAAUGAGAGGUCAGCAAACUUGAAGUCUCCAAUUGGCACCAAGCAUGGCUCCAACUCUACAAAUGUUUUUGAUACACAAGAUUCAAAGACAUCAUUAGCAGUCAUCUCGGUGGAGCUUACUCCUGCGAUUCCCCGCCCUGGUACCACCUCUGGCAGGGACUCCUCUGGGGGGUUGCCGCUGCCCCUUCCUACCACCAUCAUAUCCUCAGCAACAACAAUCGUUGGGACCGCUACAGCGGAGAAUUUCAGGUCUCAGGUGGUGUUCCCCGUGGGGGCGGCCAUCCCGGAUCGUGCUUCCUCGGAUAUCAUUAAUAACAGUGUUUCCCUUGCUGGGGAGGUGCACAGUGGUGGUAGUGGUAAUGGUGUUAAGAGGCAACUUGGCUCUAGUGAUGGUGUUGGGAUUAAUAGCAAUGAAGAAAGAGUUAGCACAAGUAGCAGUGGGAUUAGUGGUGUUGAGAGCAUGACCAGUCAGCAAGUGGUACCCUACUCUGCCUGCCAACCCUCCACAUCCUCAGCAUCGUCAGUGGUGCUCAGGGAGACUCGUAGCAGCUCCCCAUCUGUGUGGCGGCGGGGUGUGCUGGUGACAGAUCGUGGAAGCCGAAGAAUUUCAUGUCGGGAGCUGGGCCAGGGAGACCACCAAGGCUGGCUGCACCGUCGCCGUGACAACAAGGGCUUCCUCCUCCCACAUCGCUGGGAACGCCGGUGGUUCAUCCUUAAGAAAAACUACCUAUAUGGUUAUCGUGACCGUGAGGCAGUGCGUGCUGACUCGCUCAUCUACCUACCAGGUUUCCACGUCUGUCCUGCCACUGAUGUCAAGGCCAAGAAAUUCGCUUUCAAAAUAUAUCACUCUAGAGAAGAAGUCUACUAUAGUGAAACUGAUGAUGAACUUGAAGAGCGAUCAUCACCUUCAAGACGGUCUCCGCAGUCAUCUCAGUCCAGAAUGUCACCAAGCAAGGAGGUUGUUGGGGGCCUUUGGAGAGGAGGGUCAGCUAGUCCCUCUCGAGGCAGCCAAGGUCGCGGAACUUCACUUAGCUCCUUGGCUGCUCUUGGCUCAGCAAGCAAGAGUCAGGGGCUAAGGUUCCUGCAACCAUCAAGGGACACACUGAAUCAGCCUGUCCCCACUGCAUCUUUCCGCAGUUACAGGCGUGUGAGUGAAACUAGCAGUCGUAGCACUUCCACAGGUGAUCUGCGAGGGGUCAAUAAGCCUGAAGACACUGCAAGUCAGACAGAGACGAGUUGCACUGAAGGAGGUUCUAGCCGAAGAGUUACUAGGAAGAACAGUCUUCGUGAUCGCUUGCGGCAACUGCCAGCACCCUUUACUCUGGAACGACGACGGCAAGCAGUAAGCAGAGGUACACCAAAUAGUCAAGAUCAGCAGAAACACAAUAAGAAACAGCAGCAACAUCAAGAAGAGCAAAGUGAAUUACACCCAGAUGUUGAACUGCCAGAGGUAGUGGGAAAAGUCCCACUCUCAGUCAGCAUGGGAACUGUUUCAAAUAGCACUAACCACAGCUCUGCCAGUUUAGAACAUGUUGUUGAUGGACAAAGUAGUUCCCAGGAUUCUUCUACCAGUAGCCAGCGCCAGCGUCCUCAUUACAUGCUUCCAACCCAUGCUAGUAGUCAACACUCUCCUGCAAGACCUUCCUCUGUUGACUUAGACACCCGAGGUAGCCCCAGUAGAGUAAGCAAUGGAAGGUGGGGUGGCACUUCCCCACCCAGCGGCCGUUGUAGUCCUUCAAAAUUUCAAGUGAGUGGGAGGCGGGGAAGUACUGGAGGAGAAUCGCCAGUGAGGUCAAGGUCUCCAAGAAGAGGUUCCCUUGACUGUUUGGCUUGGUCUCAUCCAAGGGCACUCUCUCCCCCAAUAUCUCCUCUUCAUACACCAACUCGUAGCUCUCAUGGUUCAACAAGCAGUUUACUUGCUUCAGAAGAGUAUCGUGAGGGUUCUCCAGAGAAGCUGUGGAUCAACUCUCUCCGGAAUGACACUUCCAGGCCACGUCCAAACUUGCGUUCAUCACCAGAGAAAAGGGAUGGAAGAUCUUGCUCAGGUUCUGGAGAGGCUUUUAUACCAGAACGUUUAAAACGCACUGCACUUUAUCAUCCUCCUCAGCUUCGAAGUCGAAAUGAUCCCAUGAGAGCUGCAUUUGAAUUAGCUCUAGACCCCAGCAAUGGGAAGUUAAUUAUAGACAAAAGCAGAGAAGACCCUAGGCCACCAGCAGCUGUGCCAGAUGAAUCAUUGGCUUCUCCCCACUGUUUUAUAGAUCAGUGGGAUCAGGGAUCCACAAUACAUCCCAGGAAGUCACAACAAGUAGCUAGUAGUGGGACACUCGCCAUGUCUCGACCAGAAGUGCCUCCAAGAACAAAAUUCCUCUCUCCAAGUGAACGUACUCUUCCUACUUCUUCCCUCUCUACUAGCAUUUCCACACUUAUGACUAGCUCCACAUCUUCCUCUACUUCCUGUUCAGCCCUCAGUCUUGGUGCAUCUGCCAGAUCUAUCUCCUCUCUUUCAUCUUACUCGUCCUCUCAUCAUUCUCAUGUACCCAUCUCCUCUGUGCCUUAUAUGUCGCCUGACUCUCCAGCACAUAACAGGAGUUCAAAAAAUGUAUCUAAUCUAACCAUCAGGACGCAUGCUGAAGAGUCAGAAGCUGUACGGACACCUUUAAAGCCGGCUAUGGGCGUCUCUAUGAUAGGAAAACAGCGAAGAACUCCAAGUGUUAUGUCUCCCCGUGACAUAUUUUUCUCAUCGCCACCUGCAUCACCUACAACCCUAAACCAACCAGUUGUCCUGUCUCCAAACUCCAGCAGCUUGUCUAGCAUAUCGACUACAGUCACAUACCCCAUAGCACCAUUCCCGCACAACUUGGCAGGGAAGACUUCCACUCCUGCUAAGAUGCGCAACCAAAAAAUACUUCCUCACUACCCUGGAAUGGAGUAUCCACCUGUUUUUGAACCUGGCUCGUACUCUCUCUGUGGCAGUCCUCAAGACCAGCCAUUGUAUCAGAUACCAAACCUGCCAUCACCUCAUUCAAGUGACCAGCAAGGAACCCCACACCACAUCAUGAAUGAAACUACCAGCUCCUGUGCAAGUAUUGAAACCCAUGUCAUGUUUACUGUGGGUCAAUCUGGUUCCUCACAUGGGGUUACGCAGACAAAUAAUACAGCUUCUCCAGAUGUCUCACUGCAGGGAAUACAGGGAAGCAGCAGUGAAGGUGGAAUUCAACAGAAUCAGAGUGCUUCCAGCCGUGAGUGCAAGACUCAAAGAAACAUUCACAUGGGCACCUCCAUUGGUACUGCUGCUCACCACAGUGUGCAUGUGAUAGUGCCAGUUCAGUCCUCCUCCCACCAAAACUUGUAUGUAACCUCUCCAUCUGGAUCCACUACUUACCAGAAUUUAUAUGCGAGUGGCCUUGGUUCUGGCACUCCACAGAACAUAUAUGUAACUUCUCCUGUGUCUACAUCUCAUCAAAAUUUAUAUGUCAGUACUCAUCAGAGUCUUUAUGUUACAACUCCUGUAAGACCUAAUACUCAGCACAACAUCUAUGUAUCUUCACCCUGUGGAUCAGGCAGUCGGCAAAAUAUAAAUGUGAGUUGUGUUCCGAGCAGAGCAAUACCCGAGUUUGUGGAUGAAAAUGGUGAACGAUUGAAGUAUGUGCACAGCUUGAACCCACGUGCUGAAAGUCAGAAUGCUAACUUGAGUGGCUCUCGUAGGUCACCCCCAAAGGCACUUGUCCCACCAAGAUUGCUUCUACCAGGGCCUCCAGAGACUCCACCAAGUGAUGACGAAUUUGUAGUAAAAACUUCUGCAACACAGACAGAGUCUUCAGCAUAAAUUUGUUAGUGGGUCAUGUACUGUUACAUACUACAGCUGAAUUUGCAAGUCAACAUGUGGCUGGAGACUCCCUGGUUAUUGAAGGUAGUGCACCACAUGUAUGCUUGGUCUUGGAAUGAAUGGUGCUUUUUAAGUCUUAAUUAUGAUCGCUCAAGAGUAAAACUUUCAUGACAGUUAUAAGUGAGAGCUACAUUUUGAAGAGUGCUUUCAUAGACUUAGCAUUAUAAAGUUGAAUUUGUUGUUAGAGUGAGUGAGUGAGGCAGGAGAGGGUAGCCGUGCACCUCGUGUUAUUUUCUCCUCAAUUAAUGCUUUAUAUAAAUGAAUAUUUCCUAUUACCUUGGUGAUAUAAUGAAUGCUCAUGUAUUAGUUGUGUAUAAUUUCAUAUUGUUACAAUAUUGUGAUUACAGUUGGCAUUAUUGUUAUGUUUUAAAAGUAUGUCACAAAUUACUUUUAUAGUUAUAGUAUAUAGCAUGAGGUAUAAAAUUUUAAAAAUAAGUACAGAAUAUUCCUGAUGAAAUUUAAAUAAAUUUAAUACUUUACUUUUCUAAAAAAAAAAAAAAAAAAGGCAUUUAUACAAAUUUUAUGGCUUAAUGCCUAAUGCAGUUCCCAGGAUAACAGUCCAGAUCUCAGUUUCUUAACACUUUCACUGUCCAGACCCCCACAGUUAAUGUUACUCUCACUGUUCUCUCUUUUUUUUUUUUUAAUUGAAAUGGUAGAGAAUCUUUUUCUCUGAAGGUAGUGACACUGAAAGUAUGAAAUUUGAUGGAAAACUUACAGAAUUAUUCAGGUGCAAAUUUAGAGGUCUCUGUGCAAUUUAUGCAUCUGCGUGAUUUUUGCCCACUUUAAGUCCUAUUUUAAGCCAGUUUCUUUAUUCCAUUCAUCCAGAUUCUUAGUUAUUCACUAGCAUGUUUUCUGUUCUAUUGAUUGAGCACAAGAAAUCACCCAUUCAACUAUUUCAACUACCCUGCACAGUGCACAGAAGUUGAUAAUUUGGCUAAUUUUACACAAUAAAAAAAUGCCAAUUUAAAAAUAGUGCAUAAACAGUGUAGACAUUCCUGGCACUAAAACAUUUCCUCUGUUCAUUAGUCACAUCCCCAGGCCUUCAUUUUGAAUUCUCAUUCACAUAAAACUAGAAGAUUUAUUCCUAUUUCUCGGAUAAUAAAGUAUAACCAGGAAAGAUUGUUCUUGGUUUACAGCAUCCCAAUAAUUGAAUCAGACCUAUAAAAAAAACAUAAAACAGACUGGGGUUAUAAAGGGCCUUACCCAUCCCCUGGAAUAUUGACAAUUUUUUUUUUUUUUUUUUUUUUUUUUUUUUUACCCAACAAGUCGGCCGUCUCCCACUGAGGCAGGGUGACCCAAAAAGAAAAAAUCCCCAAAAAGAAAAUAAUUUCAUCAUCAUUCAACACUUUCACCUCACUCACACAUAAUCACUGUCCUUGCAGAGGUGCUCAAAUAUUUCCACUAAUUUGAACCCUAUUUCAAGCUACUUUCAAUCCUGGAACCAAUCAAAAUUCCUAUUACAGUAGUGUGUCUUCCAUUCUACCAAUUGAUACCAAGAAACAGCCAAUAAAUCCAAUAAACCAUCUGAGAAAAACCGCUCAAAAUUGCUGUUUUAAAUCAUCCACAUGCAUCCUCUUAUAUCUAGGCUAAAAUUUACCUCUCUCAGCUUAUUUGAGGGAGGUAACCUGGUGAGGGACCCUGGCCUCAACGAUGUAGUUCUAUGUGAUGGACAGUGAAAGGGUUAAUGAAUUGCUUUGUGUAGCUGUUCUUCCAGUUGCAGUACCAAAUGUUCCACAUGGGUUUGGUGCUUUGUGAAUGAAAUACUGUAAUAAAAAUCUUCCAUUUGUAACUGUUAUCUGCUAUAAUGGUGAGUGCUGAGAUAUUUUAAGAGGACUAAAGCUUUAAUAUGACACAUGGCAUUAUAUCCACCUGGCACAUUGCCGACAAUAGUGAAGAAAAAACACGUUUGCAGAAACAGAUUUUAUUGAGACAAUGUUUUAAUCCUAUAAGAUUUUUACCAAGACACAUGGAGGAUACAGAUAGCAUAUACUGUAUUUUAUGUCGAACAAGACGCUCCGGUGUCAAGGACAUUUUUUGCCCCCAUUCUGACUGGCUAAAUUUUGUAAAAAAAAGAUAGUAUCCAGGGACCUGACUUGCCGUGUUCUCUUUCUGCUCGCUGAGUCACAGCCUUGCUGCCUGCAAGUGGAUGUGUCUGUGGCUAGGACAGCAUAUUGAUUUGUGAUGGUUUGUCAUGCAUUUAAAAAAUACUUCAUGUUUAUAUUUUUAAGUUUAUUGAUUUUACUAUUGAAUAAGAAUACUUUUGCAUUUGCAACACAACAGAAACCUAUGGUGUGCAAAUGGGGGCUUAUGUAUAUACUACUGUAUACCAGUAUAUAUCAUUAUUUGAACCCCUUGUAACAUUCCACAAUUUCACUUUUGAUUUUUAUAUCUGAUAAUGUUCCCUUAAUAUCAGAAUAUUUGAGGAGAGUAAAAAUAUUUUUACCGGAUAGUGUGAUGGUAAACAGGUGACUUAGCCUACUGAUCCUACCCAUAGACCAUCCUACUCCAUCACCUGGUUUACCUUAGCCUGCCAGUACUUAGCACCAAUGAAUCUUUAUGAUUAUCUAUGAUUAUGUUUUGUUAUUCAUUAUUUUAUGCAAAAUACUUAACAUGAUUCAUUACUGGGUCAUAAACAGGAGCUUAGAUUACUGUCUAGUAUUGAAACACUUCUCUAGGCUUAGGUUGAAGCCUAUGAGCAACUAAACCUUUGGCCUCCAGGACGCUAUGUAAAUAUUUUAGACUCAUUUUUGGGGAAAAAAUAGCGUCUUGGACACCUUAAAAUACAGUAUGUACUUACCUGUACAUGGUUGCAGGGGUCGAGUCUUAGCUCCUGACCCUGCCUCAGCUUGUUGCUUGCCAGAUUCACUCUCCUUGCCUUGUAGACUCUGUCAUACCUACUCUCAAACCUGUGUAGGGAUUCUGCCUCUACCACUUCUUUGUUAAGGUAAUUCCACUUCCCAGCGGCCCUGAGUCUGAAAAAAUAAUGUGCUUUGUGACAUCCCUGUGACUCGUCUGUGUCUUUAACUUUCAGCUGUGUCCCUGAGUACUUGUUUCCAGCCUCUGAAACAGCCUGUCACUGUCUGCCCUAUCCAUUCCUAAGUAUUUUGUAUUUUAUCAUGUAUUCCCUAGUCCUGUCUUACAGGAUCAUUAGAUUCAGUUCCUUCAUAGCUCAUACCCCUUAGCUCUGGAAUGAGUCUUCUUUCAUACUACUGUACUCUCUCCAGUUACUUAACAUGCUUCCUCAGGUGUGGGUGCCAUGAUGGUCCUGACAUGUUAUAUAAAGCAUUCACAAUGACUUUGUAGAGUUUCCUGAAGGCCACUCAUAUGUAUGUAUAUGUGAAUAUGUAUGUAUGUAUGUAUUCACCUAUUUUUGGUUGCAGAGAAUGAUUCUCAACUCCUGGCCCUGCCUUUUAACUUGCUACUCUUCAGAUUCAUGUCUUCUUAUCCUCGCGAGUCCUGUCAUAUCUACUCUUAAAACUACGUGCGGAACUUACAUAUGUACGGAACUUGCUUUCCGACCACCCUGAGACUGAAGAAAUAAUUCAUAACAUCCCUGUAGCUCAUCUGUGACUUAAACUUCCUUGAGCUAGAUAACAUUUAUGAAGAGAUUCAGGGAAACAGGUUAGCUGGAGUUGAGUCCUGUUACCUUGCUCACAUUCCAAAAGCAUAAAUAACACUACCACCUCCUGGCCUAUACAUACUCCCUCCUUCUCUCCUUUUCGUUAGUGUGGCUUUGUAAACGGUCCAAGUUGGACCGAAAUGUCGUCGUAAGCUCCUCUCUUCUGUGUGCGGGUUAUUUGUGUAUUAUUCCAAAAGCAUGUUGAGUCAUAAAAACACUUGUCUCCACUCACUUCUAACCUACUCACACAUGCCUGUUGGAUGUCCAAGCCCCUCACAUACAAAACCUUUAUAUCCCUCUCUCCAACCUUUCCUAGGAUGACCCUGACCCUGCCUUCCAUCCACUACAGAUUUAUACACCCUCCAUGUCAUCCUAUUUUUUUUCCAUUCUCUCUAAAUGUACAAACCACCUCAACAACCUCUCCUCAGCUCUCUGAGUAAAAAUACUUUUCAUAACCCCACACCACCUAAUCUCAAAACUGCAUAAUAUUGACAUCACACAUUGCCCACAGACACAGUAUCACUGCUUCCAGCCUUCUUGCUGCAAUGUUAUAAAUCUAUGCUUCACACCCAUAUGAGAGUGCUGGUACCACUAUAUUCUGGUACAUUCCCCUUUGUGUCUUCAUGGAUAUACAGUUGUCUCCAAAAAUGUCUUAAUGCACCACCCACCUUUUUUUGCCUCAUCAAGUGUAUGGCUUAUCUUAUCUUUCAUAGACCCAUCCACCAAGAAGUCCACUCCUAAAUAUCUGAACAUAUUUACUUCCUCCCUGCUCCUUUCCUCUAAUCCAAUCUUUCAUUGCCUAAAUUUUUUGAUACUUUCAUCACCUCACUCUUUCCUAUGUUUAAGUGUAAUUUCCUUCAUUUACAUUUUUUUUUUUUAAUAUGUCAGCCGUUUCCCACCUAGGCCGGGUGACCGAGUAAGAAAGAAAAACUCAAAAAGAAAGAAAAAAAUCUUUCAUCAUUCAACACUUUGACCAUCACUCAUACAUAAUCACUCUUUGCAGAUGCACGCUGAUAUGACAGCUUAGAUGUCCCUCCAAACUGCCAAUAUCCCAAACCCCUCCUUUAAAGUGCAGGCAUUGUACUUCCCACUUCCAGGACUUGAGUCUGGCUAACCGAUUUCCCUGAAUCCCUUCUCAAAAUAUUACCCUGCUCACACUCCAGUAGUUCGUCAGGUCCCAAAAACCUUCAUCUCCAUUCACUCCUAUCUAACACACUAAGGUACACUUUCUUCAUCUACCAAUCUUUGCAGUUUCUCUUCAGUCUUCCAAAAGAACAUUGUUAUUUGGCAAAGAACAACUGGGACAACUCUCACUCCUGUGAUAUUUGUAACCUUUAUAAAGCUUGUUAAGUCUUAAGAGAUUGAAACACUGGCCCAAUUAAAGCUGUCUCUGCAAA